AUGGAGAAGACUCACGCGACGGCUGGCGGCUUGCCGGAACCAUCGCCUACUGCAAGCGCAUACAUCAAACCGCAGCAUCGGCCUCCGCACGAUAACACAAUCACUUUUGAGGAGUACCACCACUAUGCGCUCAAGACCCGCGACAAGGAGCUCGCUCUCGAGGCUCCCAAGCUGAAUUGGCGCGAGUGGUUCUCGAGAAGAAAACAUGCUUCCGAGACCGAAACGCCUAUCGGAGGUGUAGUUACGUCAGAUUCUCCGGCGCAAAUUACAAGCCCGGCUGAAAAAGGUACCGCGGAUGCAGAACAAUCUAACAGAGUUGGCAUUACCGACGAGGAGUGGGAAAACGCAAGCCGAGCUUUGAGAACUGCUUCAGCCGGAGCAUGCUUCUAUUUGAUCACUACCGAUAUUCUCGGGCCUUAUGGCUCGGGGUUCGCAAUGGGUACAUUGGGCUGGGGACCCGGCAUCGCCUUCUAUACAAUAUUUGGCUUCAUGGCCGGUUAUUCCGGAUACCUUGUCUACCGCGUCUUCCUCGGAGUCGACAGCUACGAAUUCCCCGCACGCAACUAUGGAGAUCUUGCACUUAGAACAUGGGGCACAACUGUUCGCUACAUAACCAACAUCUGCCAAGCUCUCGGUCUGCUCUUGAUCACCGGUCAAGUUACUAUCCAGUACGGCGAAAACAUCUCACAGGUCUCUAAAUUCAAAUUAUGUUAUGCCGUCUGCCCAGUCCUGUUUGUAGUGGCUGGKUUCUUUWUCACCCAGAUCCGAACUUUACGAUCUUACGGUUGGGUGGCCAACUGCGCAGUUUGGUUGAAUUUACUGGUCAUUUUCAUCUCCAUGGGUGUUAUUGCCAACUCCCCUCCAAACUACAGAAUCUCUGUCCUGGGAUCCGCAGGUAGUGCAGUUGAUGCGACCACCAUCACGCCUGAUGCAAACGGCGUCUACCCCCCGAUCAUUCACUACAAUGGCUUACCACCAAACUCUCUGGUAGGCUCAAUCAACGGCCUCUUAUCCGGGGUUCUGGCAUACGCUGGUGUCCAGUUAUUCGUCGAAUUUUUGGCAGAAAUGAGACGUCCACAAGACUUUAUCAAAGCCAUGUGGGGCGCUCAGUUCUUUAUCUAUACUGUCUACCUAAUCUACGGUUGCUUCGUCUACUACUACCAAGGUCAAUACAGUUUCAACCCCAGUUACCAGGGCGUCAGCAUCUACGGCUGGCAAACAGCAGGCAAUAUGAUCUCUCUUAUUGCUGCCCUGAUUGCCGGUGGUUUGUACGGUAACAUUGGUAUUAAAGUCUUCUACAACAACAUUUUGCUGGAUUUCCUAAAAGCGCCUCCUAUCACUACGAAGCGCGGCAAAAUCAUUUAUGCGAUUUUGGUGCCUCUAUGGUGGAUCAUUGCAUUCAUCAUUGCAGCCGCUAUUCCCGACUAUUUCGGUUUUGUCAGUGUUAUUUCUGCUUCUAUGCUGUUGAAUCUGACCUACACCUUCCCUCCGCUGUUUGCUCUUGGGUACGAUAUUCAGAAGAAUUCUAUCCGCACUGAGCGCGGAGAAGGUUUCGAUGUUGCCACGGGACAAGUGACCCGUCAAGAGUCGACUGUGCAACGAUGGAUCCGCGGCUUUUUCAGUGGUGGCCUUUUCCAGGUCAGCAUAAAUAUUUGGCAUGCUUUGUACUUUUUGGCAUCGUUGGCUAUGUGUGGAUUGGGAAUGUAUGCGGCUGUAGAAGGCCCUGCUAUUCGAUACCUCGACCUCAAGGGCUGGACCUGUUACCAAUCACCAGAAGAUAGCAACAUCUACGAGCAGGCCCUGUUCAAAAAUGCCGUGCAACGGGMAAGCCACUCUCCGGAAGAAGCUGCAGAAUGGGAAAAGGACCUUAGAGAAGGAAACCAAGACGCAUUUUUAGGUUUAUUGAUACUUUCUCUGGAAAACGCUAGGACGUUAUCUGCAUAUCCUCCUAGGACAACUGAAUAUUUCAGACGAAUGCUUUCUCGGGCAGCAUUCUGCGAGAAACCAUUCGAUACUAGGAGUUCAUUACAGCGAUUGGAGGAUGUUCAUAUCUACAGCGAGGACUCCAAAGACUUCAAUAUUUACUUCGAAUCUCUCCCCUUCUUUCACCUUCCUGGAAUGCGCAAAAUAUCCCUGCAAUCUGUCAUUGAAGACCACUGGUCCGAACCAAAUGACCAUCCUGCCCAGAGACCUGCCAAGGGAACGUCACCAAUUGAAGAGAUCAAAGUCAACCGGAACUGUAACGGUAGUAACGGCUUCAGUGAUUUUAUCACGUCAUGCGCGAAUCUCAAACGCUUUGAAUACCAGCAUUCCAACAUGGUGAUCUGGGGGGAGAGCUAUAUUGACUUCCGUGCCCCAGCCUUUUAUAACCCACUUCUCACGCAGAAGCACAGUCUCGAAAUUCUUCAUUUGAAUGACAGGGGGGAACACAUGUCUUCCGGGUUCAACGAGGGCCCUAAACUACACAACAGUAGCCUUGGAUCAUUAGCAGAAUUCAAAAAUCUCAAGGAGCUGCGUAUUAGACUGCCCAAUUUACUGGAUUUCAGCUCUUCAAACUCGCCCUCGCUGAAUGAUAUCCUCCCUAUUUCUUUGGAAACUCUCACCCUCGCGAACUGCAGAGACAAAUAUUUCCCGACGCUUAUUAGGGAUUUGCAAGAGCUAUUACUUGAAAAAUGCUUUCCAUGCCUGAAGAAGCUAGAAAUUCAGCCGUCCUUUGUCACACUAGCGGAGCCUGGAAGACUACAAAGGCCGCUUCCUCCAUCGCAGGGGUUACCACCACCCAGAGAAAUACCUUCCUCUACUUACGAGCAGUUUGAUUCCGUGAAAGUAGCAUGCGAAAAGGCAGGAAUUCAAUUUUCUCUGUAUGAUCCUCAGUUUGCGAUGGUGAUCCAUGAAUCAUUCUUAGAGCAUUUCGAUUACUAG